CUUAGGGCUGCUCCGUGCUGCAUAUGACAGUGCUUAGGCACAAUAAAAUAUUUACGUCAACUUAAACCCUGCUCAAAAUGCGGAACGCAGAUGCAAGUAAAUUAUGAUCAUGAGUGAAGCUCCAGUAGUGUGGAAGGCUAUUCCACAGGCCCAGUCUACCGCUAGUGGUCACACUCAGAUGACAUCACGGACGCUACACAUCACUGAGCCAACUGCCUCCAAACAUGUGCGCUUUUAUAAAAGCGGUGAUUUCCAGUUCAGCGGUCUGCCUGUGGUUAUCAACAGCCGCACCUUUAAAACUUUUCAGGCUCUCCUGGAUAGCCUAUCCAAGCGUGUGCCAUUGCCAUUUGGUGUGCGAACCAUUACAACUCCUCGUGGUCAUACGGCGGUUCAGUCCCUUGAUCAGUUACAUCAUGGUCAUUCCUACAUUUGCUCUGAUCGUCGAACUGUCAAACCCAUUGACUUGGAACGAGCAUGCCGGAAACUGCCUCCCUGGUAUCAUGCUCAUCCUGUUAGUGCCCGGUGCUUGGCUUGGUAUACACAUAGCUCUGCUCAACAUGGAACCUGCAGCGCAAGACGGAACGAGCAUGCCAUCUUCUUGAACACACCAAAGCGGCUAGUACUGUUCUGUAAUGGAGAGCCAGAAGUGAAGCAUACCCUGAUGCUGCAGAGAAGAAAAACAUACUCAUUUGAAGCACUGUUAGAUCACAUGUCAGAGGUUAUGCACUUCCCGGUGCUCAAGUUACAUACACCUGAUGGAAGAAGGGUGAAAGGGCUUCCUGCAUUGAUAUUAUGCUCUGAGGUAUUGGUGGCUGCUGGCCGGGAACCCUUCAAAAAAAGGAACUAUGAUGUUCAAAAGUCAUCUACAUCAGUGUGGCUGCCAGUUAAAAGACUGGGACAGCGACAUCCAUUUGCCAGAAAAAAGAUGUCCAGCAGCACCAAAUCUCGUCCUUUCUCCCCAUCCUCUGAACACUACUUUCUGAAUCAAAUACAAAACAGCAUGUCAGGAAGUAUGUGUGAUUUUCCAAGCAACCCAAAUGGCUCUGUGGAAGUAGAUCCUGGACAGCAUCUUGAGUCAGUUGCUGAAACAGAAAUCACCAGUCGGGAUGAUGGUGAAAAAGAGGAUAACAAACAGAUGCCUUCUGAUGAUGACAUUGAGAAAUCUUUCCGAGUCAAUCAAGAUGGAAGUAUGACAGUAGAAAUGAAGGUACGACUCACUAUUAAAGAGGAGGAAACAAUUCAUUGGACAACCACUGUCAGUCGUUCCAGAGUGUACAAUCAAUUUAAAGGAGCCACCAUUUCCUGUCCUGACCUGGAUGCUAUUUUACGUGACAACUUACCCCCACAAAGUGAUACUCUUAAUAUAGAGGUCAGCGACAGUGACCCUAAUGACAGCAACAAUUUCUGCCCUGAGGAUGGCUGUAAGGUAAAUGAAGAGACUGGGAUCAGUGGAGGUGCUGCCAGCAUGGAGUUAGAGCAGCUACUCUCAACACUUUCCCACUUUCCAGGGAUGCACAAGGUACAACACAAACAAGGAUCCAUUGAGAGCAUCAACACUGUUAGUAAUACAGAAAUUCAUAAGAACCAUUCAUGCUCUUACAUGAAAGAGCUGGACAGUGGAGAAGUGAAGCAGGAAUACUAUAUGGUACAGCAGUGUAACCACCCUGUACCGAAGCCUCAAUGUACCCUGGCCUCUGAAAUUCACACCACAACACGGCUACAACUGAGCAACUACAGAUGUUCAAAGAAUCUCCAGUUUCAGGACAAUCAGAAUAAGAUGUGCGAGACACCAUUACAUAUUUAUGAAAAGCAGACUUGUCAAGAGAACUUCUCAGGCAAUACACAACUUAAUUUGCAAGGCUUUGGCAGUUCACCUUAUGGUUCACCCAAUGACUAUAUAGAAUCUCCUGACACCACUUUUCCAGCAUCAUCAGAUAAAAUCUCCCAUUUCUUUAAUGAAGAUAUACAAUCUGAGAAAUUGGCAACCAUCAAAUGUCAGUCAGGUACACACUUCCCAAUUUCUAAACCUUAUACUUCCACUGACAAAACAAACACCACCUCAACAAAGAGGUCCAAGGUGGCAGUGACACCAAUUACCGCAUCCUCAAAAGCCUCAGUAUCUAAAGGAGUUCUUACUCUUGGUACAACAACAAAGAGAAAGCCAGUUAGAGUAAUGUUUAAGUCUGCUAUUCCAAAAAGAAAACAAAUGGCUAAUAAAGCUGACAUUCUGAAAGAAAUAAAGAAAAAAAGACUUGAUAUAUUAAGCCAGAAAGGAGCUAUGAAACUAAAAGAGCAUUUCAGAGCUGCUCAAAAACUACAAAAAGGAGAAAUAAUAAUGGAAAUGGAAAUGGAAAUGGAAAUGUACCCCUAAAACCUCAAACAGAUUGCACAUUGAGAC